AUGGAUGGCGAAGAGGAUGAUGAUCAGUUGCAAGAGGAGGAAUUCGAGGUCGAGGACAUCCUCAGAUACCGAAAGAAUGAGGAUGGCUCAGAGCUCUUCUUGGUGAAGUGGCAAGGCUAUCCUGAAGAUGAGUCCACCUGGGAGCCCUUGGCCCACAUGAAUGACAACUGUCGGGAACUCAUCGCCAAGGCCCGGGCGCUCUUCGCCUGGCGGCCGAACGGCGAUCAGUCCAGCUCCGGUGAGGUGGUCGUGUCCUCCUCGGGGCACGUGCCCGCGAACUCCGCGUCACCCAACUCCACGGCAGCAGAGGCAACUACUUCGAGUGUCGCAAUUAUUGAGGAAGACAAGGAGGAUGCCCAGGCUGCUGGUGGACAGCCGGGUCUAGAAGAAGCUCUUGGACAGGAAGAGGAGGAAGAGGAGGAAGAAGACACGGAGGCUGAAGAUGUCGGUGCGCCGGUACCAGCGCCUGCAGGUGAUGAGGAGGUCAGUAUCAUCGAAGAUGAUGAGCCUCCAGCCACGUCCAGUGGGCGAAGUCCGGCGCUCGAGCCUGCGAAGCGACCCUUCGACCCCAGCGGCUUUGUGGGGGCGCCCUCCGACCCGAGGAUGAAGCGCCCAAGACUGAUCCCACCCACGGUGGAGGUGCCGUUGGGGAGCGGUACCUGGGAGGCUCCAGUGCAGCCAGCCAAGGUCCCAGCGCCAACCACCCGGCCUGCCACCAACGGGGUGCGCCAUGCGCCGCCCAGCGGUCCGACCUCCAUGCCACGGUCGCCUGCGAGCAUAGGCCAAGCGCAUGAAGCUCACCUCCCCGAGCCGCCCAAGGAGCCGCCAAAGCCGCCGCCCAGUCGGGAAAUCAAGUGCAUUUGUGGAUUGACCGAACAAAUUGUACCAAACAGCCGCCCGGGCUUGAUUGUUUGUCGCGUGUGCAACUGUUCUCUCCACACAAACUGUGUGUCGGGAGCACUGCACAAAGCGGUGCCCGCACAUUUCGUGUGUCCACCCUGCCGCCUGGAUCGGGUGGAUGAGUUUCACCCCUCCGUUGGCGCUGGCGUGCUGAAGCACAGUUACGCUUCGAGCACCUCAACGUUCUCUUUGACCUUCGCAGCGCAGGCCGCGCAUUGGAAGAAACAAUGCUGGGCGGUUCACCUGCGGUCGGUGCACAUCCACGGGGGUGACUUGAGCGGUCCUGCUUGGCCUCACAAAGUCCAGGGCAAGAUGAAUGGUCGGCAAUGCGUGGCCAUCGAGCCGCCCAAGCACCUCCAUGUGCGUCGAGAGCAGUGCUACAACCUCACGCCUUUGCUCAAGCAAGGCCUGAACACGCUGGAGCUGCGCUUCUUCCCGAAGCCAGACAGGGCGAAAGAUGAACCGGAGGAGAAGUACUGCGUCGGCGUGGUGCUAACUCGUCCAAGGUCCGUGGCGUCGAUUUUGAGCCGAAUACGUUCCCGGUGUCAAGAAACAGUGAGUACUGGAAGAGCACGAGUGGCACGAUUGAUCGCUCAGGUGGCCAGAUUGGAAGCGGGACAAGAGGACGAAUGUGCAGUCACAGGUAACUUCGGACGAACCCUGAAGCCCUUUGCCCGGAGUCGUGCCGUUGGGGGAAAGGAAACAGGUCAGACAAGUGGGGGGUUGACGGAUGCGCAUCAUGUCUCUACCUGUUUAUGA